AAUUGAAUUGGUUCGUGCCUAUUUUGAUAGGGGCCCCGGAUUAAACGCAAAACUCACAAUCACAAUUCUUUAGGGUUCGAAUAAAUUUUCUAAAAAUAUGAUUGACAAAUUAAAUCAUUCAAAAAUAAGAAGCUAUUUAGCAGGCUUAUGGAAAGGUUAUGGGCAUAUUGUUUUACCUCAAAUGAUCUGGGUAAGUUGCCUAAAGCCAACCUUGUUUAGCUAUCACUUUUUUUUGAAAAAGAUUUACCUUUAGUGGAUAGAUUAGUAAAUAAAUAUGGAGGCUUGUUAAAGGAUUUAAAACUAAAGAAAAAGCUAUUGUGUGGACAAUAAGUAAAAAAUCGGAUUUAUUGAAUAAAAUUAAUAAAUGGAUCUUUAAUAACACCAAAAAUCUAUGAAUUUAAGCUGUUAAUAUCGUAUUUAAAUGAGAAAUUCAAUGGGCGGCAUACAAAGCCAAAGCAUUGAUGGCUCUUCGUUGUCAGCUAAUUAUUGGUUAGCUGGCUUUGAAGUAAGGGUCGCAUUUAUGCAACUUCAAAUUCAUCUAAAAAAUCAAGAAUCAUAUAUGUAUGGCUGUGAUGAAAUCGAUUGCUUAUUAUCUAUCGGUGAAUUUAAGAGUAUCACGUCAUAAUGAUAAAAGUUAUUGGAUUGUCGAAGUUUGUAGUUUAAGUAAAUUACAGAAAUUAGUAGAUUAUUUAGAAAGAUAUCCAUUAUUAACAAGUAAAUUCAAUAACUAUAAUGAUUGGCUAAAGGGUUUUUAUUUAGUCAAAGCUAAUAAGCAUUUGACAGAAUCCGGUAAAUUCGAAAUAUUCAAUCAAUAUGAAAUCUAAGAUGAAGAAAAGACGAACCCUAUUUGAUUUGAGUCAUAUUAGUCCCUUUAACGGGUAACCGUUGAAGUAAAAAUCGGGUUAAUUGCAAGGAACUCUUCUAUUCUAUUAGGGCGAAUUCAAUAAGACAACUUGCAGCGAAGCUUAAUUCAGCACAUUCUCGAGAGAGAUCCCCGGGCCGAAAUCUUCCGAAGGACACGUUCUCUUCUCUAAAGAUGCCUCGGUGAAUUCUUUCGCGAGUUUUAUAAUUCAAAAUAAGGCAGAACGUGCUGCUGGAAACCGCUUCGUAUAUAGCGAAGUGUGUAAGAUUUAUUUUAUUAUAGGAUUAAGACCGUUCAACGACUAGGAGGUGAGUAGUGCUAACAAUAAACCUUCCACGAGUGCCCGACUGAUCUUUUUAGAUCAGAAGACAUAGUCUAAACUUACUAGUGAUAGUAAGAACUGAAAUUUAAAUGAUUUCAGGGUAAUAAAUUUGAUGGCUUUCCCACGUUUGAAUAAUAUUAGUUUUUGGCUACUACCUCCUUCAUUAUUACUUCUUCUAAGCUCGGCUCUAGUUGAAGUAGGAGCUGGUACAGGAUGGACGGUCAAAUGGAUAGGCCGCUACUCAGGGUAACCUGAGUAUGAACAUCUCGCUCGAUGCGAAAAUCUCCAAUGAGAAAAGUGCUCGGGUCGCAAAUAAAUGAAUUUGAUGAACAUGAUUCAAAGAAAGACACAUUUGUUUUUUUUAGAUCACAUGCAAAAAUCUUUUCUCUGAAUAAGAUUCAAAAGGGACAAUUCGCCUGGUCAACUGCAGACAUCUCUAUUUCUGUUGGCCAUCAGAGACUACACGCGAGAAAUCUACAUUUUGCCGAUUGGUUAGUUGGAUUUACUGAUGGAGACGGAUGCUUUAGUAUUGUUAAGUCUAAUGAGAAAUUUCAUUUGAAUUUUUCUAUUAGCCAAUUCUGUUUAGUUUAUCAGAGUGCUUGCUUUUAUCAAACAAAAUAUAGGCGUCAGAUCUAUAUCUAUUUCAAAACACAUGGCUGUCUAUCGAAUACGAAAUGCCAAACAUCUUGCAAGCAACCUAUGGCAAAUCUUACUGCUCUGUACCAUUGCAAACUUUUAAGCGUUUUCAUGCUUAUAAACUCAAGUUAGCUACAUUAGCGAUGCUGGAUGCAAACUUAACUACUGAGCAAAAAAGGGAUUACCUAGCACUCUUAAGAAGUAUGCAACUUCCAGAUACUGCUUUAGUAGGCUCGCAGAGUAGCGCGAAGCGGUCUUAUGAAUGGUUGCACAAUACCGAUUUACUACUGAAUGAUCACUGGAUCAUUGGAUUUAUGGAAGUAGAAGGCUCAUUCUUCAUUACUAAAAAAGAUGAAGAUCGCUUCACUUGUGCUUUCGCUAUUACACAAAAAAAAAGAUAAGCCCGUACUAGAGGGCCGUAGGCAAGCGCUUUUCUAUUAAAAGCAAAGUUUAAUGGUGUCCAUCAACUGAGUCUUGGCAUCUUGAAAUUAGCAAUUUAAAAGCUUUGUGGUGCAUUAAUGAUUUUGUUCGAGGCAAGUUUCGAGGUUCGUAAGAACUUGAGUAUAAAUUAUGGUCGCGGGCUUUGUAUUACCAAAGUUCUCUAUCGAGAAGCGGUUCGCUAUUUAUAGGUCGCAACACUGCUAACGCGCCACUGCGUGCCUGCAAGCAGCAUCGUGUCGUGCGUACUUUGAACCUGUGUGCACACCGUUUCAAAAACGCGCCAAGAUAGCAGAACGGCUAGAGAAAAUUCAGAAUGCGCAAACUAAAAAUCCGUCAUAAGUCUCUUCGAGCCAACUAAUUGCUCACUUCGUAGAUUAUGGUAUAGUCCGAACCGCGCAGUAAUGUGCGGGAGUAAGCAUAACUCAUGGCAGCUGUAUUACGCUGUCCCCGCUGCGCGAUAGCUUGUGCGCAAAGCGCAACACGCUAACGCGCGUGCUUAUGCACUUCGUGCCCGCUUCGCGAGCUUUACUAGUCAAUUAGUAGUGGUACGCAGCAAUGCUUGCUUUAAAAAUUGUUAUCCUCCAUUAAGUGCCAUUACAAGUCAUUCAGGUGGUUCCGUAGAUUUAGCUAUAUUCAGUCUUCACCUAUCAGGGAUCUCUUCUAUUUUAGGUGCUAUUAAUUUUAUCACCACUAUUUUUAACAUGCGUGGUCCCGGAAUGACUAUGCAUAGAUUACCACUUUUUGUAUGGUCUGUGCUAGUGACUGCAUUUUUGUUGUUAUUAUCACUACCUGUAUUUGCUGGUGCCCUUUAUGCGAAGUGUAAGUAAACAUUUACUCUUACAGCUUUGUAAUUGUGCCAGCUCUAAAUUCGGCUAUAUGCUGGGAUAACUUAAUACUUGUUAUAAACAAAUUAAGUCAAUCAGCAGGUUGCGAAGCAACUGUGGUGCGAAGCUAACAAAUUAAGAAGCUGACCAUACCUUGUUUUUCAAAUUCUUUGAACCUCAGAGACUACAUGCCGAAAUUCAAAAAUCAAAUUAUUGUAAAAUUUAUGACUAAUACACAUUUUGAUCGCAGUGAAUUUCUAGGGGCUUAUUUAGCUGGCUUAAUAAAAGGCGAUGGAUCCAUUAGAGUGCCCGAGUUCCCAGGGAAAAGGGAUACCGAAGGCAGAUUUAUGUGUCCUUCUAUUCAAAUUGCUUUUCAUAAGAAAGACUUCUUAUACAUAUUUUCACUGGGAUAAUUUGAAUAAUUUGAAUAAUUUGAAUAAUUUGAAUAAUUUGAAUAAGAUAUAGUCCCGUCUUUUACGCGAGUUAAAGAAUCUCUAAUUGCUAAUCUUUUUGACAUCGAAAAAUUGUAGCGUUCGCGCAUGAUGGUGCGCAGAAUCGAAAUGGUGUCCCGAGGCCCGCGCUGCGCGCCUUCAU